UAUGAAUCGAACCAUGUAAGAGUCAUCCUGCUAGGUUCAGCCGUUCGUGAGUUGUAUUGCCUCAAAGGGACUUCAAACUUAUUCUUAUAUAGAUUCAUAUAUAGAUAUAUAGAUAGAUAGAUUGAUAUAAAUAGAUACUUUAUUCGUACGUUACUAUAUUGGAUCGUUAUUUUAUAUUCUAUAUUCUCAAUCUCUUACACUACAAUGACAGUACGCAUCGAAGUAAAGAACAUCCACAUAAUCUUCAAAAAUGAUUCAAAACUCGUCAACAUUGUCAAAAAUAAGGAAAUUUAUGAUUUUGUCUUCAUUGUAGUGACCACUACUGUAAUUGUGAGUGAUUGAGUGCCACAGCACUUCGAAGAUACUUUUAAAUAAAGAUCGGAUUAGUUGUUAUCCGAGCGUGCAACAAUAUACAUCUCGGUGUUAUACCUCGCGCAUCCGAAAUAUAUCCGUGUACUACCAGGUAUUACAACUGGCGUACGAGGCUUACCUCUAAACGAUUACAUGUGUUUUGUAUAGGAUCGCUAUUUGCCAUCGUAAUGAUGUAUUUUCAAAACUCGUCACCGAUUACACAAAACCUUGAAUCAUCUCGGUUACUUGUACCACCAAAUCCUCGACGGACGGACACAAAAGUGGUUCCAUCAUACACGCCAUUACAUGUCUUCAAACAUGCUGCAGUGUGUUCUGAUUCGGAGAUAUGCAGUGGUGUGGGCAGGGACAUCCUCCAAAGGAAUGGUUCUGUAGUUGACGCAACUCUUGCCACAAUGUUUUGUGCAGGUCUAUCAAACAUGCAAUCCAUGGGGAUAGGCGGAGGAUUUAUUAUGAAUAUUUACAUAAAGAACGAUAAUGCAGCCUACACACUGGAUGCUAGAGAAAUAACUGCUAUGGCGGCUGCAGAAGAUAUGCAUUUACAUGAUCCAUCAACAACAAACGAAGGACCUUUAUCUAUCGCUACGCCAGGGGAACUGAAAGGUUAUUGGGAAGCACACAAACGGUUUGGAAAGCUGCAAUGGAAAGAAGUAUUAGAGCCUACUUUGAAUAUAUGUAGGAACGGUUUCGAGAUGUCCAAACAUAUGUUUGAUUCCUUACAUGUUAAUCCUAAUAUAAAACAGGAUAUCGGGUUGAGUUUUGGUGCAGCUCUUUCCGGCAAGAGGACAGGCAUUAUUGUAAACAGUGGAAUGGAUGACUUUUCGUCACCCGGCUUACAAAAUUAUUUCGGGCUUCCUGGUUCUAAGCGAAAUUAUAUACAGCCGCAAAAACGUGCUCUUUCGUCAAUGUCUCCCACUAUUGUGGUCGACAAUCAUUAAAUAUUUGUGGUUUGGUCACGAUAUUAAAGAAGCUGUAGAUUCUCCUCGUAUACAUCAUCAAUUAAUUCCAAUGACAUUGCAAUACGAAUUUGGGAAUUUGGAGGAUGUUAUAUUAGGCCUUGAAGCUAAAGGACAUGCGACAAAACGUUAUCGUGAGCGCGGAUCGAUUGUGUGUGGAAUUGCACAGAACAAAACGGGUGUUUAUGCCAAUGCAGAUUUUAGAAAAGGUGGUGACGUUGUUGGUUUCUAAAAACAAGUAUUCAAUAAACAAUCGUUAGAACUUCA